UUCAUGUUUUUCCAUUAAAAAAAAAAAAAAAAUCAUUUUCGGCAGUUAAAAUUUUGCUUUUUCUCCUUCUCCGAGUUCUCAGCCUUGGACACGCCGGUACUGAUCAAUUACGAUAUUCUUGGAUGCCGGAGCUCCGACGACUGUCUCCACCGUCAUUAUCUACUUCCGAUCACUGAAAACUUGCUUUUCGGCCCUCAAUCGUGGAAUUUAGUUAGUUAUUUGGGAAAUGAGAUUGUAGAGACCAUGAGGAAGGCAGCAAGAAAGGUGGGGAAGUAUGAGGUUGGCCGAACCAUCGGCGAAGGAACAUUUGCCAAGGUUAAGUUUGCCCGAAAUACUGAGACGGGUGAAAGUGUAGCAAUGAAAGUUUUGGCCAAAAGCACCAUUCUCAAGCACAGAAUGGUUGAUCAGAUUAAAAGAGAGAUAUCUAUAAUGAAGAUUGUCAGACAUCCAAAUAUAGUUAGGCUGCAUGAGGUAUUGGCUGGUCGGACAAAAAUAUUUAUAAUUCUUGAGUUUGUGACUGGAGGGGAAUUAUUUGACAAAAUUGUUCACCAAGGAAAGCUUAACGAACAUGAAUCAAGGCAAUACUUUCAACAGCUUAUAGAUGCAGUGUCUCAUUGUCACAGUAAGGGUGUCUAUCACCGAGACUUAAAGCCUGAGAAUCUUCUUCUUGAUUCUUAUGGAAAUUUGAAGGUAUCUGACUUUGGACUGAGUGCAUUGCCUCAGCAAGGUGUUGGUCUUCUUCACACCACAUGUGGAACCCCAAAUUAUGUUGCACCUGAGGUGCUUGGCAACCGGGGAUAUGAUGGUGCAGCUGCUGAUGUGUGGUCAUGUGGUGUCAUCCUUUAUGUUUUAAUGGCUGGAUAUCUCCCAUUUGAAGAGAUAGACCUUCCUUCCCUAUACAAAAAGAUAAAUGCGGCCCAGUUUUCUUGUCCAUUUUGGUUUUCCCCUGGGGCAAAGUCAUUGAUACAUAAGAUACUUGAUCCCAACCCUGAAACUCGUAUUGGGAUUGAAGGAAUCAGAAAAGACACAUGGUUUCGAAAGAGUUAUGUACCCGUUAAACAUAAGGAAGAUGAGGAAGUAAAUCUGGAUGAUGUCAACGCAGUUUUUAAUGACAUAGAGGACAAAUAUGCAACUGAGCAAUCAGAAAAUAGUGAGGGUGGUCCUUUGUUAAUGAAUGCAUUUGAGAUGAUUACCCUAUCGCAAGGGUUGAAUUUAUCAGCAUUGUUUGACCGGCGGCAGGAUUAUGUAAAAAGGCAGACUCGUUUUGUUUCUCGCAAACCAGCAAAAGUUAUAGUUUCAACUAUUGAAACUGUUGCAGAAUCAAUGUGUCUCAAAGUGCAUACACGGAAUUACAAGACAAGACUUGAAGGAGUAUCUGCGAAUAAGGCUGGACAGUUUGCAGUUGUGCUGGAGGUUUAUGAAGUUGCACCAUCCCUUUUCAUGGUAGAUGUUCGAAAGGCUGCUGGGGAUACUCUUGAAUAUCACAAGUUUUACAAGAAUUUCUGCGCUAAUCUGGAAAGUAUCAUCUGGAAACCAACAGAAGGUAUUAAUAAUUCCAAUCUGCUUAGAACAAUGACUUACUGAUCCAUGCGUUCGGGUGUGAUGCAAAUUAGUAAGCAGAUUGAUCAAAACCCUAAAGACCAGUUGAGGUGCCCAAUAAAGUAUGCAUGAGUAGCAUAUAAAUAUAUGUAUGUAUGUAUGUAUGUAUAUAUGUGUAUGUAUUGUAAAUUAUAGUCUCCUUUUUUGGUUGGAAAUUCCAGUAGUCUUUUGCAGAAGCAAGAGUUUAUGUAAAUGUUACCCCGGGAGACGUAAAUAGUCCCCCUUUAUUUACUGAACCCGAAUUUCUUGUCUAUGACGGCUAAACAGUGGUGGGGGGAUGAAGGUGUUCAUAUUGUGUCCCAAGUUAUUACCAAAAUAAGCGUCGCUGUUGAUUAAUGACAACUGAAGUGAAAUUCUGAUAA